AUGACUCAAAUCGGCUGGUAUGGCCUCGGCUCCAUGGGUCUCGCCAUGGCGAGCAACCUGCAGCGACACCUCGCGUCCAAGAAGGCUCUCAACCUGCUUUAUUCAAAUCGCACCAUGUCCCGCGGAGCCCCGUUGCAGAGCCUGGGUGGCAUUCCCGAGACAAGCUUCGAGAAGCUUGUGUCUCGCUGCGGUAUCAUUUUCACUAUGGUUGCAAAUGACUCGGUCUUGCAGACUUUACUUUCUUCUGCGGUGAACUCUGGGCACUCGCUCGCUGAUAAGGUCUUCGUAGACUGCUCCACUGUUCAUCCGGACACGGUGACAUCUGCUGUUGCUCAGCUGAAGGCCCCCGGAGCUUCCUUUCUUUCAGCGCCUGUGUUUGGAGGAAACCCCAUCGCAGUUGAUGGGAAGCUUGUCUUCGCUAUCGGUGGCCCGAAGAGUGCCACCGAUGUCGUCAAACCAUUGAUUCAGGAUGUCAUGGGACGGAAGGUCAUUGAGUGUGGUGAGGAUGCAGCCAAGGCCUCGUUGCUCAAGAUUGCCGGCAACAUUAUUACGGUCAAUAUGAUGGAGGCAGUGGGCGAAUCUCAGGUUUUCGCUGAGAAGACCGGCUUAGGCACAGGGCCCAUGGAAGAGCUGAUUGGAGAGGCUUUUGGUGCAGUCGCUGGAGGAUAUUCGAAACGGUUGACUACGGGUGCCUACGCUCCACCCUUGGAUUCCCGUCCCGGGUUUGGUGUAUCCCUUGCAAUUAAAGAUGCCAAACACGCCAUGACUAUGGCAGAAGCAGCGGGCGUCAAGCUCCCCGGUCUCGAGGUAGCUCGAGAGAACAUGGAGGCUGCACGAGACUACGCAGGCGAAUGUCUGGACAGUAGCUCUAUGUAUGGCGUAUUGCGGCAAAAGGCCGGUCUUGAAUUUUGGAAUGCGAAGAGCCGACAGGGUUGA